GUCUAUUUAUAACUGUCCGUAAGUGUCAGAUUCCCAGCUCGUUCAGUCAGCCGUUAUGAUCUUUAACUUUUUGUAUUAAUUUUACUCAAUUUGCGGUCCUGGUUUUCGAAGUCAAGAUGUCGAAUGUCACGUUUUACAUUUCCAAUCUACUGGAUAAAAUGACAUCCACUGAUAAAGACUUUCGGUUUAUGGCGGCCAAUGACCUGAUGAUGGAGCUUCAAAAAGAAUCCAUCAAACUGGACGAGGAGAGCGAGAGGAAGAUCGUAUCCAUGCUGCUUAAACUUCUGGAGGAUAAAAACGGAGAGGUUCAAAAUCUGGCCGUCAAAUGUCUUGGUCCUUUAGUGGGAAAAGUGAAGGAAUGUCAGGUGGAGACGAUAGUGGACACGCUUUGUUCCAACAUGGUGUCAAAUAAAGAGCAGCUGAGAGACAUUUCCAGCAUGGGACUGAAGACUGUUAUCGCUGAACUGCCACCGUCAUCUACAGGUUCAAACCUUACAGUCAACAUUUGUAAGAAGAUCACAUCGCAGCUGAUCGGAGCUCUGGGAAUGCAAGACGAUGUGUCCAUUCAGCUGGAAGCUUUAGAUAUUCUCUCUGACAUGCUGGGCAGGUUGAGCACUGCUCUCAUGAGUUUCCAUCAGUCGAUUCUGACCAGCCUCCUCGCCCAGCUGAUAAGCCCUCGUAUGGCUGUGAGAAAACGCUCCAUCAUCGCCUUGGGUCACCUGGUGCCCAGCUGUAGCCCCGCCCUCUUUACCCAUCUCACAGAACACCUGAUGAGCGAGCUGUCCCGUGGACCGCCCACCGCCAAUGUUCGAACUUACAUCCAGUGCCUGGCCACAGUCAGCAGACAGGGUGGACACAGGAUCGGUGAGCACUUGGAGAAGAUUGUGCCCAUGGUGGUGAAGUUUUGUAACGUGGAUGAUGAUGAAUUACGGGAGUUCUGCUUUCAGGCCUUCGAAGCUUUCGUUAGCAGAUGUCCAAAGGAAAUGUCCUCUAACAUCCAAACGAUCAUAAAGUUAUGUCUAAAAUACAUCACCUACGACCCCAAUUACAACUACGAUGCUGAUGAUGACCAAGAUGACAGUAUGGACGUUGAAGAUAGGGACGAUGAAGAUCAGGACUAUGAUGAUGAAUACAGCGACGAUGAUGACAUGAGCUGGAAGGUGCGCCGUUCUUCUGUUAAAUGUCUGGAGGCGAUCGUCAGCAGCCGCCGGGACCUUCUGGUGGAGUUUUACGGAUCUGUGGGUCCAACCCUGGUGUCCCGCUUUAAAGAACGAGAGGAGAACGUUAAGACUGAUAUUUUCUCAGCCUUCGUGGCGUUGCUUAGACAGACAAGACAGACUCACGGUCUUGCUCUGGACGCAGGUGCUAAAGAGGAACCAGCGGUCACGCUGUUAAAGAAACAGGUACCGACGAUAGUAAAGGCCUUACACAGACAGUUGAAGGAGAAGAGUAUUAGAUGUAGGCAAGGUUGCUUUAGUCUCCUGACGGAGAUGGCCAAUGUGCUGCCAGGUCAACUAGGAGAGCACAUACCAGCCCUUAUUCCAGGUAUCAUUUACUCCCUCACCGACAAGUCCACUUCUUCAAACAUGAAGAUCGAUGCCCUUUCUUUCCUUAAUGUUCUUCUAAGUAGCCACAACCCCGAGGUCAUCCACCCACAUGUUAGUGUCAUCUUACCUCCUGUGGUCCAUUGCGUUGAAGAUCCUUUUUACAAAAUCACAUCUGAGGCCCUCCAAGUCACGCAGCAGAUUGUCAAGAUCAUGCGGCCGUUGGAAAAACCCAGCACGUUCGACGCUAAGCCUUACGUAAAAACUGUGUUUACUUGUACGCUAAAGAGGUUGAAGGCAUCUGAUAUAGACCAAGAAGUAAAAGAGAGGGCCAUUUUUUGCAUGGGUCACAUUUUGAGUCACCUAGGUGACCAGCUUGGAGCCGACCUGCAGCCUACCUUGCAGAUAUUUCUGGAGAGGAUUAAAAACGAAAUCACCAGACUUAUAGCAGUGAGGACUUUAACCCUCAUUGCUUCUUCGCCGCUUAAAAUCGACUUAAGACCGAUUUUAACAGAGGGCAUCCCAAUCCUCGGAUCUUUUUUACGGAAGAACCAGCGAACCUUGAAGUUGAACACGGUAACGGCCCUGAACGUGAUGGUCACGAACUACAGCGACAGCUUCAAGCCCCCUAUGAUAGAGUCCAUAUUGACGGAGAUCCCCGCUUUGAUUCAGGAGAGUGAUAUGCAUAUCUCGCAGGUCGCCAUUACCCUCAUUACCUGCAUGGCCAAGGUUUGCCCAUCAUCCUUGAGUAAGAUUGGCGGCACAAUAUUACCCGAAGUGCUUAACUUAGUCCAUUCCCCUCUACUUCAAGGAGGUGCACUAAAUUCAAUACUGGAGUUCUUCAAAGUCCUUGUGGCAACCAAGGCCAACAACAUGAGCUACAAUGACCUCCUCAAGGCCUUAAAGGGGCCUUUCUACGAAACUAAGUCGUUCGACUCCAUGUCCGUGCAUAAACAGUCCUACUACUCUGUGGCCAAGUGCGUAGCAGCGUUGUCCACAGCCUGCCCCAAAGAAGCUUCUGGUGUGGUCACCAACCUUAUUCAAGAGGUCAAGAACCCCAAAUCAUCAGAGUCUGUGAGGAUUCUAGCAUUGCUGUGCCUUGGGGAAAUCGGGCGUUUUAUGAACUUUGAAGGGCAGAAGGAGCUGAAGGGGGUCGUAAUGGAGGCUUUCGGUUCCCCGAACGAAGAGGUAAAGUCCGCCGCGUCAUUCGCCUUGGGAAACAUCUGUGUCGGAAACCUAGGAGAGUACCUGCCGUUCAUGCUAAAGGAGAUCGGGAGCCAACCGAGGAGACAGUAUCUGCUUCUGCACUCCCUGAAGGAGAUGAUCAGCGCUUUAUCUGUUGAGAGCCUUAAGCCUCAUGUGGAAAACAUCUGGGCUCUGUUGUUCAAACACUGCGAAUGUGCGGAGGAGGGCACUCGCAGCAUUGUAGCCGAAUGUUUGGGGAAACUCACUCUGGUUAAUCCGUCCGAGCUUCUGCCGAGGCUAAAGAAACAACUGUCCUCAGGUUCACCACUUUCCCGCAGUACGGUUGUAACUGCAGUGAAGUUCACCAUAGUAGAUCAUCCCAUGCCAAUAGACUCACUUCUUAAAGGAUGCAUUGGUGAUUUCUUGAAGACGCUCCAGGACCCUGAUCUUAAUGUACGGCGGGUGGCUUUGGUAAUGUUCAAUUCGGCGGCCCACAACAAACCCUCUCUGAUCCGUGGGCUUCUGACCUCACUACUCCCACAUCUAUACAAUGAGACCAAGAUCAGAAAAGACCUCGUUCGAGAGGUUGAGAUGGGUCCUUUCAAGCACACAGUAGAUGAUGGGUUGGAUGUCAGAAAAGCAGCGUUUGAAUGCAUGUAUACUCUACUGGACAGCUGCCUGGACUGUUUGGACAUCUUUGAGUUUCUGAAUCACGUUGAGGAAGGCUUGAAAGACCAUUAUGACAUUAAAAUGCUGACUUUCAUUAUGUUGGCCAGACUUUCUAAACUCUGUCCAUCAUCUGUGGUACAAAGACUGGACAGGCUAGUUGAACCAUUAAAAGCUACUUGCACUACAAAGGUAAAAGCUGGCUCAGUGAAGCAAGAAUUUGAGAAGCAAGAAGAGCUGAGGCGUUCUGCCAUGCGCGCCGUUGCCGCCCUGCUGUCUAUCAGCGAAGUAGAAAAGAGCCCUGCUAUGGCCGACUUUGCCAAUCAGAUCAGAAGCAAUGCAGAAAUGGCAACCAUCUUUGACAGCCUUCAAGGAGACCCCUUAACAGGGGCAGUGGAAUCCAUGGACACUAGUUAGGGUUUAAACUUAGUUUGUGUGAUGGAAACUGCACACUUAACAUUUUUACAAAUGUAAACUGUAAAAUGUGUAUCUAUUAGACCAAAAAAAGUCAGUACAUAAAAAUUUGGUUUUACAA